AUGCUUCAUGAAUUGACAGAAGCUACCCAAGAGAUGCAUAUCGCUCUCAAGCCAGUGAUACCAGUCUUGGCUGAGAUGUUGUCACUCCAAAAAACUUCAAAGCGAACACACGAUCUCCAGAGACUGUUUCGACAAUGUCAAAUUCAAUCCAAUGUCGAAGCUGCAAAGGCCAUGACUUUUGGUACUCUUGCGGAGUAUCUUGAAACGUACGCUGAGAAUAUGGGUGUCACGCUGUUGAAUAUCAAUACAGAGGCAUAUCAUCGACUUCUGGGUGAUCUCAAAAACAGCACCAUCGAUCCCAGCUUUUGCUGUGACCUAGAUUCGAGAGUGUUACACCUCGAAGGAUUUGACGCCGGGGUUAUCAUAGAGCAGUCGCAAGCUCAUCACGAUGGUCCGCUCAAAAGCCAACUUGGACCCGCUCACCCAAUUCUGGCAUUACCAUACUUGGGCCAAAGUUCAGACUCUGGAUCGAUGUUAGCCUGGGUCUGUUGGGAUGAAUUCGUGAAUCUUGAAAAUCCCUGUGCAGUAAAAUGGCUAGAAAAGUGCAACGAAAAGCAUAUUGCGGCACUGAGGAUUAUUAUGAGAUCCACUCUCAGCCAAUCAGUGACUACUGGAAAGCAGCGUCUGGACCCUAGCAGCCUGGAGAUCGGCUACCUCAUGGGUGCCCUGUUGAUGGCCGCGAUGUCAAAGCUCGCAGCAAGAAGGACUACCGCGCCAGUUGUGUCAGCGGAGGCUGGUGACACCGUCACGAAAUUGAUGCGAGGCCUGUUUGGUAAUUUGUUGACGACAGCAGCAUCUGGCCUGCGUUCUCUCAGUAGGGUAUGGCAGCUGUUCGUUCUCGAUGUCAAGUAUGAGCUUCCAACCACCAAGAUCGACUGGGUCUGGUACGAAAAUAUGACUGAUCUGCAUCCUUACACAGGAUGGCCCCUGGAGCAGUUCCACCAGAACUUGGAACGGCUUCUUGACAACGCCAUCAUGCAAUUUGUUCUCAAGAACGAAGACGCAGCUGCUUUGAAAUCAACACGCAGGGACGAUCUGAUCAAGGGUUGCAAACUUCGCAACAUUCAUCUCAAGCAUUAUCGCACAAUCAUCACUGUGAUGGGGCGAAUUUUCGCAAACACGGACAUCGAUGUUUCUGCUGCUGCCAACCGUUUGUUAGGCCAUCUCCCGCAAGAGCCUCAGCCAUACAGCCAUGGAUACAUCCUUAUGAUCAAAUAUCUGGAUCAUUUGGCUCAGGGGGGUCAGCGACGUUACAGCGACGACCUUGCUGCCAGUGCAGAGGCAUGCAAGGCCAUUGAAUGGGCAAAGAUGAAGGAUCUUUGUCAGGAGAAGAUGAAGAAGCACGCUGAAACUGCUGCCAUCUGGCAGAUCGAGCCUGAAUCAAUCGAUUUCCAAAACAUGACUCUGUACAAGAAGCUCUUGAACGCAGAUUUUGAAGGCUCCGAUGAGAAUGUCAAAGGCGCCAAUUUGAGAUUGAGCCGAAAAGUCUUUGGCAAUGCUGAGAUACAUCGUGUCCCAUGGCAAGUCGGUAAAAAGAUCCAGAACAUUCAAAAGCUGGAGCCCCUCGAUGAGACAUUUAUCGAAUAUCUUUUGACUGGCUCUGGGCCUGAAUCAUCUAGCGGUAUUGUUUCAAUUGGACCGGAGCGCGGGAUGACAACUAUGGUUGAAGCGAAAUGCAAAGAUGAAUUUGCUCAAUUCGAAUCAUUAAUGCGGCCCAGUUUUAUCGCCACGAUGCAGAAGGACAUUUUGCCUGUGGACGUCUGCCACUCUAUCGCUAUUCCAGAAGCUGCGAUGCGCGCCUUCAUCAAGACUUUAAACCCGGGAUUCCUCUGGGAAGACCUGGGACUAAGCUUCCAGAGGAUGGUUCUGGGGUUGUUGAAAAGCCGAUCGAGUCAAACAGUCUAUCAUCCAACUAGGGAACUUCUGAACUUAAAUGGAGCCAAGGAAAUUCCACAGACCGAGGAGUGA